AUGCCAUUGAAAUCAGCAGCCUUAUUCGAAAAAAUGGAUCCUUUCAUCAAAAGUCAAGGAGCAGACUUGGUUAAGAAAAUCAACGCAGUCUAUUUCUUUGAAGUAUCAAAAGCAAAAGUUGAGACUCCAGAAGUAUGGACAGUUGAUCUUAAAAAUGGAAAUGGAGUCAGUUCACUUAUCAUAUCAUUGUGAUUAGUCGAUUGCUAAAGGCAAAGUGGGAACAGCUGAUGCCACAUUCACAAUGGUUGAUGAUGACAUGAUUGCCAUGGCUCAAGGGAAAUUGAAUCCUCAAUAAGCCUUCAUGCAAGGAAAGAUGAAAAUCAAAGGAAAUAUGGCAGCUGCCACUAAAUUUACACCGGACUUGUUACCCAAGGAUGCCAAAUUUUGA